AUGCAUCUCCUCUUCCUUCAGUUGCUUUGGCUCUUGCCUAUGGGGAAGGCAGGCCGAUGUGUGGAUGGGUGCCAGAGUCAGAGCUCUCUUUCCUUUGUGCUCCUGGAAAGGGGUCACAGAGAUCUCCACACAGCCAACCACGAGGAGGCAGAAGCCAAGCCAGAUCUGUUUGUGGCAAUGCCACACCUCAUAGGCACCGGCCUGGCUGGGGAAGGCCAGAGGCAGAGAGAGAAGAUGCUAUCCAAGCUUGGUAAACUCUGGAAGAAACCUGAGACAGAACUUCACCCCACAAGGGAGGUGGAAAGCAGUCACGUUCCAUGGGGGAUCCAGACCCUCACUCGGCCAGCAGAUGGGAGGGAAGUGGAGAGAUCACCUCUUCAGGAGGAAGCCAAGAAAUUCUGGCAUCGCUUCAUGGUCAGAAAGGGCCCGGCCUCCCAGGGGGUCAUCUUGCCCAUCAAAAGCCAUGAGGUACACUGGGAGACCUGCAGGACAGUGCCCUUUAACCAGACCAUUGCCCAUGAGGACUGUGAAAACACCAUUGUCCAGAACAACCUUUGCUUUGGGAAAUGUGGUCCCACUCAUUUUCCCAGAGAAGGAGAAGAAGCACAUCUCUACAACGUCUGCACCCACUGCUCGCCCACCAAAUUCACCACCAUCCACUUGAGGCUGAACUGCCCUAGCCCAACCGCCGUGGUCAAGAUGGUCAUGCAAGUAGAAGAAUGCCAGUGCACAGCGAAGACAGAACACGAGGGGCACCUCCUACAGGCUGAUUCCCAGGAUUCUUUCAUCCCUGGAUUUUCAGCUUCAAAAGGAAUUCCAUGA